AUGUAUACAAAUGCAUCUUCUGGGAUAGUACUUACACUGGCAACAUUGGGCUUAUAUACUUCACAUAUUUAUCCUGUGUUUGUAUUUGGAACACUUGCCUAUUUAAUUAUUGUCUUUUGCAAUUUGCUGGUAUUAGCAGCUAUUGUUGUGAGUAAAAAGCUACAUAAGCCCAUGUAUAUCCUGCUGCUCAACUUGCCCAUCAGUGACACGGUCGGAGCUACAGCUUUUUUCCCUCAGCUACUUUCCAGCAUUGUGACAGAGAACCGACUGAUUCCCCAUCCUGCAUGCAUAACUCAGGCUUUUUUGAUUCAUAUUUAUGGUACAGCAAACUUGAUGAUCUUGAGUGCUAUGGCAUAUGACAGAUACAUUGCCAUAUGUUGUCCUUUGAGGUAUAACGUUACCAUGACUCCAAAUACCUUAAUUAGAAUUAUCAUUGCAAUAUGGCUCAUAAAUUUCUCAGUGAUGGUCACGUUGUUUUUGUUGCUUGUGCGAUUAAAAAUGUGCAGGACGAAUGUAGUGGAUUUGUACUGUAACAAUCCAUCGUUAUUGAAACUGGUCUGUGAGGACACCACGGUGAACAACCUCUAUGGAAUAGCUGGUAUCUGCUUGCUUCAAGGCGGAUCACUGUUUAUAAUAAUUUACACGUAUGCACAGAUUUUGCGUACAUGUGUUAUGACUAACCAGUCACAUGCCCGGAAAAAAGCCAUGCAGACCUGUGGAACACAUUUGGUUGUUUUCUUAUUCUUACAAAUCAAUACUGUGGGUACGCUCAUUGCUCAUCGGAUUGAGAGUGCAUCCCCAUACGUGAGAAGGGCUCUUGGUGUGUCAAUUUUAAUAUUUCCCCCUCUUUUAGAUCCAAUUAUAUAUGGACUGAAAACCGCAGAACUCAAGCAGAGCAUUAUAAUGUUCCUAAAAAGAAAUCCUUGUUCAACCAAGUUCUAA